AUGGCUCCUCCAGGGCGGCGGAAGUCUUACCUGACCGUUCUUUUCCCUUUCCUCCUUCUACUUCUCCUCUCAAGCAGUGCGCAUGCUGCUUCGGCCGUCUUGGGCAUAGACCUCGGGACGGAAUAUUUCAAAGCGGCCAUUGCAAAACCAGGCAGUCCAAUUGACAUCGUUCUCUCGAAAGACUCAAAGAGGAGGGAAGCAGCCACACUUGCAUUCAAACCAAUACGAGGACAAACAAACGACAAAGAUGUCUUUCCCGAGAGACUGUACGGCGGGGAUGCCGUCGCAUUGUCUGCCAGGUUUCCCACGGAUGUCUACCCUAAUUUGAAGACUUUAUUGGGGGUUGAAGCAUCGUCGGCUGCAGUCAAGGCUUAUUCCGCGAGAUAUCCUGGCUUGGACAUCGAGAAGAUAUCAAGAUCUGGAGAUGCUGGUACCGUGGGUUUCAAGAGUCAUAGCUUCGGCAAGAGAAAUGAGGUUUUCAUGGUCGAGGAAUUACUUGCGAUGGAGUUGAAGAAUAUCCGGAGCAAUGCAGAGGCAAUGGUAGCCAAAGGCACCCAUGUUACUGAUGUGGUCAUCACCUAUCCUGCCUUCUACACUGCAGAGGAGAAGCGAGCUAUAGAAUUAGCAGCCGAUCUUGCAGGAUUGAGAGUCUUAGGUUUGAUCAGUGACGGACUUGCAGUCGGAUUGAACUACGCAACCCAUCGCACAUUCGAAAGUGUGUCGGAUGGAGGGAAGCCAGAACACCAUCUCGUCUACGAUAUGGGCGCAGGUUCAACGACUGCAACGGUUCUCAAGUUCCAAUCCAGGACCAUUAAGGGACCUACGAAGCGUAACCAGACGUUCCAGGAAGUAAUUGUGCUGGGAACCGGGUACGAUACAACGCUGGGCGGGGACUCUAUGAACGAUGUCAUCGUCGAAGACAUUGUCAGUCGUUUUUUGGAAAGUCCGGGAGCACAGAGAUUGAACCUCAAAGAAGACCAGUUGCGCAAACACGGAAAGUCAAUGGCUAGGAUCUGGAAAGAGUCCGAACGAAUGCGGCAGCUCUUGAGCGCGAACGCAGCAUCUUCGGCCACUUUCGAAGGACUCUACGACGACGAAAUCACCUUCAAGUAUAGUCUGACCAGAGAGCAGUUUGAAGAUCUCACAGCAAGCCAUGCAGCUCGAGUCGCAUCUCCGCUGGCGGUAGCUCUAGAAUCAGCAGAACUCACGCUCGAUGAUGUCGACUCAGUGAUCUUACAUGGCGGUGCUGUUAGAACCCCCUUUGUUCAAAAGCAGCUCGAGAAAGCCGCUGGUGGGGCUGGAAAGCUAAAGGCAAAUGUAAAUGCCGAUGAGGCUGCAGUCAUGGGGGCAGGCUUCAAAGCAGCUUCCUUGAGCUCGGCUUUCAGAGUCAAGGACAUUCGCGACACCGAUAUCGCAGGAAGCACUUUCACUUUGAAGUGGUCUUCCGACGAGAAGGAAAGAUCGCAAAAGCUUUUCACGCCUUCAUCUCAGGUUGGUGCUGAGAAGCAGGUUCCACUCAAGGCAAUCGAAGACAUUAAGCUGAGUUUCACCCAAACAGCGCUGAGCAAGGAGCUUCCCAUUCUUGAUGUCGAAGCAACCAACUUGACCAAGUCGGUGGUAACAUUGAAAGACAAGCAUGGCUGUGGGUCCGCAAAUAUCAGCACAGUUUUCGCAAUUCGACUUAGCUCUCUAGACGGACUGCCCGAGGUAGUGUCUGGCUUGGUCAGCUGUGAGGCGAAUAACAGUAAGUCGGGGAGUGUAAUGGACAACGUCAAGGGACUCUUCGGAUUCGGAUCGAAGACAGAUGAAGACCAAAAGGUGCUCGAGGACGACGCUGGAAGUGACGAUGGCUCCACCAAGGUCACUCCAUUGCCAGUUUCAGACUCGACGAGUUCAGGGAGUACCGUGUCCGAAGCCUCGUCCACGAAGGCAGGCUCAUCGCCACCUUCCUCUUCAUCCACUGCCAAGUCAGCCAAAUCUACACCCUCGGUAGUAUCAAUCCCUCUCGCCUUGAAGUCGACCGUCGUAGGUCUCAACGCACCGCCAACACAGGCCUUAUCCAAGUCCCGACAGCGGUUGACACAAUUUGAUACCUCGGAUCGAAAUGCAAUCCUUCGUGCCGAAGCCUUGAACACUCUCGAAGCAUUCACCUAUAGGGCGCGGGAUUACCUUGAGGAUGAGUCUUUCAUUCAGGCAUCAAGCGCAUCGACUCGGAAAGCACUGGAGAAACAGCUCGCCGCUAUUUCCGACUGGCUGUACGGUGACGGUGCAGACGCCAAAGCCCAGGACUUCAAGGAUAGGUUGAAGCAGCUUCACAGUCUGGUCGAUCCUGUAUUGAAGCGUCAAGACGAAGCACUCAAGCGGCCAGACGCCAUCAAGGCACUGGAAGACGGUCUCGAGAACAUGAGUGGUAUGAUCAAGAUGGUCGAAGGCAAUAUUAAAAAUGCACUGGAACAGGCGGCAUCAAGUGCUAGCACGACUGUAUCAUCGGUUGCGUCCAGCGCCACUGCCAGCUCUACAACUCCAGCGGGAGACGGUGAUGAUCUCGAGGACGACCCUUACAGUACUUCGUCGGCCGCCGAAGCAGCCGAAACAAAAGAGGCACCCGCCAUUAAACCUUACGAAUACACAAAAGAAGAUCUGUCAUCACUGACAACAAAGUAUGAUACGGUCAAAGCGUGGCUGGCUGAGAAGACGAAACUUCAAGAUAAGUUAGGCCUGACAGAAGAUCCAGCUAUCUUGGUGUCCGAGUUGGAGACACGCAGGCAAGAAGUCCAGAAGGCGGUGUCGGACGUCAUCAUGAAAGCUGUCAAGUUCCAGGACAUUCCCCGAAAGCCUAAAGGCAACAAGAAGGGAAAGACGAAAACGAAGAAGAGCAAGUCUUCUGGCGAGAGUGUAAGCCAGACUGGUAGCAGCUCGUCAUCUGCGUCUGGUGCCUCGUCCACAGGGACGUCAAAGAGUGUAAGAGAUGAACUCUAG